UCAUAAAAUAUUAUCAUUUACAUUUUCAGAAAUGCAAUAAUGACAAGAAUCUAAGAAUAAUGAACAUUGUGGGCGGGGCAAGAUGUCAAGCAAUGUACAUAGUGGAUGUUACUGUUGUGGGGUAGCACCUUCUGCAAGAAUGGAUAUAGAUGCAGCCUUGGAUGAACUUGGAAUGUUGAGCAGUGUGACUGAAAGCCGCAAACAAUACAUGCAGGAAAGAAUGAGGACUAGAAGUGAGAGUGCAUUGUUAACCAAACGAUCCAUGCAUCCUAAAACCCAUAGUCUGCCUGUCAGUUCUGCUUCUUCCAGUUACCAAAUUGUUCACCUCGAUACUGCAUAUAUAACAGGGUUUACAGAUUCACCAAACCCUGACAGUUUGAAAUCCAAUUCUACCAGACAGUUGUCUCAGACAUCCACUGAUGAAGUAUUUUUAGAUCAGUCAAAAGACUACAGAGUGCAAAAUGAUAAUAUUGAUUCUGCUGUAGAGCAAAGGAGGAAAAUGAGGUUGAAAUUCAAACGUGAAGACAUAUCAGCACGUAAUAGAAGAAUAUUAGCGCGUAAACGCGCUAAGCAACCGUAUGAGGUUCCGUGGAGAUUGACUCAGUCUUUUCAAGACAGCAUGUUGACACGUUCCGAGGACAUUCCAGAAACUAAGUCAAAUUCAUCGUCUCCGGUCAAACCGUUGAAUUCCGAAUCUCUAACUAGGUCAAGAUCAUUGGAUAAUAUUGAUUUUUCCUCGUUCUUUAUAACAGAGAACCGUGAUAGACAGGAAAUUGACACUGUAGCAUCUGGUAUUAAAAAUUUGAAUUUUUCGGACUCUUAACAAAUGUGGUACAAUUCCCUAGGUUGUCCCCUGUAAUGUGCUCUUCCUUUUAUUUAUUAUUCAGUAUAUCUUGUUAGUAUGUUAUAUUAACAUUUAUUUGUAUUGUGGUCAGGCCUUUUUCUACCUGAAUCUUAAGGAUGUAACUAGAUAGUUAUACGCAAAUUCAAUUGUGUAGAAGCCGGAACUAAGCAGCCGCAUUGAUUGACACACUCAUCAUAUGUGUAAAAAGUUUUCCAAGAUGUGUUUUUAGCUCACCUGUCACAAAGUGACAGGGUGAGCUUUUGUGAUCGCUUUUCGUCCGUCGUCCGUCCGUCGUCCGUCCGUCGUCCGUCCGUAAACUUUUACUUUAAAUGACAUCUCCUCAUAAACCACUAAGCCAAUUUCAUCCAAACUUCACAAACUUUGGUGGUCACCUUUAAAAAUUGUUCAAAGAAUUUAAUUCCAUGCAGAACUCUGGUUGCCAUGGCAACCAAAAGAAAAAACUUUAAAUAUCUUCUUUUAAAAAACCAUAAGAGCUAGAGCUUAGAUAUUUGGCAUGAAACAUCUUCUAGUGAGUGUCUACCAAGUUUGUUCAAAUAAAAGCCCUGGGGUCAAAAUUGGCCCCGCCCCGGGGGGUCAUUGAUUUUCCCUAUAUGCAUAUAGUAAAAACUUAAAAAAAUCUUCUUUUAAAGAACCCAAAGAGCUAGAGCUAAGAUAUUUAGCAUGAAACAUGUUCUAAUAGGUGUCUACCAAGUUUGUUCAAAUAAAAGCCCUGGGGUCAAAAUUGGCCCGCCCCGGGGGUCAUUGAUUUUCCCUAUAUGCAUAUAGUAAAAACUUAAAAAAUCUUCUUUUAAAAGAACUCAAAGAGCUAUGGCUAAGAUAUUGAGCAUCAAACAUGUUUUAAUAGGUGUCUACCAAGUUUGUUCAAAUAAAAGCCCUGGGGUCAAAAUUGGCCCCGCCCCAGGGGGUCAUUGAUUUUCCCUAUAUGCAUAUAGUAAAAUCUUAAAAAAUCUUCUUUUAAAGAACCAAAAGAGUUAGAGCUAAGAUAUUUAGCAUGAAACAUGUUCUAAUAAGUGUCUACCAAGUUUGUUCAAAUAAAAGCCCUGGGGUCAAAAUUGGCCCCGCCCCGGGGGUCAUUGGUUUUCCCUAUAUGCAUAUAGUAAAAACUUAAAAAAUCUUCUUUUAAAAAACUCAAAGAGCUAUGGCUAAGAUAUUUAGCAUCAAACAUGUUUUAGUGAGUGUCUACAAAGUUUGUUCAAAUAAAAGACCUGGGGUCAAAAUUGGCCCCGCCCCGGGGGUCAUUGAUUUUCUUUAUAUGUGUAUAGCAAAAACUUACAAUCUUCUUUGAAAAAACCCAAAUAGCUAGAGUUUAGAUAUUAAGCAUGAAACAUCUUCUAGUAAGUGUCUACAAAGUUUGUUCAAAUAAAAGCCCUGGGGUCAAAACUGGCCCGGCCCCAGGGGUGUCAUUGCUUUAACUAUAUGUGUAUAGUAAAAACUUAAAAAAAAUCUUCUUUUAAAAAGCCCAAUGAGCUAGAGCUUAGAUGUUUAGCAUGAAACAUCUUCUUAUGGGUGUCUACCAAGUUUGUGCAAAUAAAAGCCCUUGGGUUAAAUUGGCUCUGCAACGUUGGGGGGGGGGGGGUUGGGGGGGCCUAUAUACAGGUGAGCGACCUCAGGGCCAUCAUGGCCCUCUUGUUUGUUGAUAACAUCUUUUUUUCCAAUAUUGCCAAUUAUUUUGAUUGAAAAUCAAGGUUGACAUCAUUUCCUGUAAACAAAGUAUACCUGAUGAAGACUUUUGAGUGGAAACGUAUAUUUUUUUCAAAUAAAAUACUUACAUUUUUAAAUUGAAACUAGAGUUGAUUUCUAUAUUUAAACUUACAAAUUUUCUAAAUAAAUCUUUCACACAUUAGGUAGAAAAAGGUCUGACAGUAUUUUUGCAUUACUUUAGUAUGUACAUGUAAUAGUUACAAAUUAAUGAAGUAUUUUACAUGAAAAUUAAUAUUUGGAGAAUUUAAAAACAUAAACAUAAUAUAAUGUUUCAAUAUGCUGAAAUAUUCAAGUUAUGGUGAGCAAUUGUUUUAAUUAUUUGUCUGUGAAACUCCAGAUUCUGUAGCGGCUUAGUUUUAUAAUAACCGCGUGUAUGCCUGCACACAUGAAUUGAAAGUAUUACAUACACAAAUAUGACCAGAAAAUGAAUUUGAUAUUGCAUGAUCUGAAACAAAUUUCAUUAUUUUGAAGUGGUUGAAUACAUCGUUGAAAUUGUAAGGAAAUAAAGUUCACAAAAUCAAAAGGUCAUUGUGAGACUACCUUCAUCGCAGACAUGUUUUCAUGUCUCGUGGAUUUUGUCAGACUAAUUGUUGAUUUACAUUACCUGCAUCUGAUGCAAUCUUUUGUAGUACAAAGUUUAACCUCAGCAAUUUACACAUAAAUAGGUCAAGAUAAUUUUAUUAUAACCUAAUAAAGAUAUGCUGACAGUCAGCAAAUGUGUGUUUUCCCAAUCUAAUCUACAAAACAAACUUUUUUGUUUAGUUACAACUUGGUAAAUGUAUUGAUAAUAAGCGUAACAUGUUAAUAAGUGCACCAUGAAGCUAUAACAGUAUAACUUUGUUUGUACCUGGUUGUUAAGACUGGGAAAACCCACAUAUUGUUGGGUUCUGGAUAGGGUACAACUGUUAAUUUGUUUUUGUGAAAUCUAGAUAAAAUCUAUUGCCCUAUAGGGUAAAUCUGAUAAACAAAUAUUAUAUUUUGUGACUGUUAUUUGUUUUGUGAUAUUUAUGAUCUGGACAUUUUUUAAAUGUGUUUUUUUUCUUUGUUGAUAAUGCACCUAGAAUUGAGAGAUAAAAUUAUACAUUUUACAGUUAUAGUUGACCAUUAUCUCCAUUGUAGUUGUGUAUUUUAGAGUUUUUUUCAAUAUAUACCCAAGGUAUACCUUAAAUAGCUUAACUAUUCAAAGAAUAAUAGACUAUCCUACUCAACUUGUGCAUACGUGUAAUAACUUGGGUAUGGUUUAUUCAACUUUUGCAUAUGUGUAACACUUGGUUAUGGUUUUAUCAGCAACUUCAUUUCUCACAAAAUAUUCAAACAGGUCCUUAGAAUGCAACUGUAGCUGGAUUUACACAAGCUGUGUUGGUGUUGACAGAAUUAAGGCCUUUUGUGAACUUUCUAGUUAAUGUUUUGUUAUUUGCCCCAACUGAUGAAUGUCACUGUCCAAGACUUAUAACUCUAGUGUGCAUUUUGACUAAAUAAUAGUAAGUACUUUGUUAUCAUUGAAAACUUUGUCUUAAGUUUUGCAUGCAAGACAAGGCUCCUUAACUUCUGAAGCCGUUCAUUUAAAACUUCACAUGCACUUUCUGGAUCAUAGUUGUAAUUAGCUUUCCAAGACCCAUAACUCUUGUAGAAUGGAUUUUGAAUAAUUGCCCUUUAAGAACUCAAUAAUCAAGACUUGAUUUUCCAAUUUCUUGUUUUUAUGACCUGUAUGAAGCACUGAAAAGAGGUCUUUCUCCACCAUUAAAGCUGGAAAGUCACCAUGCCAUGACCUGUUCUGUGUUGGUGCCACAUAACCCCCUACACUCCACCCCCACCCGCAAAAAAAAUAGGUUUGAGAAUAGUUGAAUAGUUGAGCAUACAAGAUGUAUGACGAGCAGCUCCUGUUACGUAAAUCUUACAAUGUAGCGUAAAUGAAAUGUGAAACAUCCAUUUAUACAUAUAUGUGUUUAGCUAGAUUAUCUAAGAUAUAUAUUCCAAUUUUUAGAUUUAAAAGUUAGUGUAUACCAAUGAUUGUGAAGAUGUGAAGAUUUAGUGUUGUUGAAUAUUCCAUUGUUUACAUUCUGUCAGGUAAAUUGCAUGAUUAUCCAGAUUUUUCGUCAGUUUUUUUGUAAUUGGCAGAUGAUUUAUAAAUGAACAUUUGAGUCUCCCAUUCUGGACAUUCUAUGGCUCUUCUCUAUGCAUUAAUUUCAAUGAAGGUAUUAUUUUAAAGGAACUCCACUCCGGUUUAAAAGCCUAAAUAUAGAUACAUAAAAUUUGAUACUUUUGCAUAAAUUGAUGUGGGCACAUAAAGAUAUCCAAAAUAUAAUGAAGAAACAUACUCAGAUUUAGAAAUUUAAGUCAUAUUUUGUGCUAUUAUUUUUUGAUUUCUGUUAAAGCAUUUAAAUGCUUUUCAUUUUUGGGUUAUUUUUUUCCAAAAAAAAAAAUCUGGAAAAAAAAACAAACAGAGAAAAGAAAUGAGCAGAAGUUAUUGGUUCUGGUCUUCAUGAAAUGGUACAUAAAAAACACAGCAAAAUUCAGUCCCCACAAUGACAAAAAAAAACAA